UCGUCGAAAGAUAAAGUCCGCGAAGAAAUAAAGAGGUAUUCUACACGCGCAACGAGUACGCAAGUCAUUUAGAAGUAUCCUAUCCAAACAUGUAUUAGGCAAUUACUUAUAAAAAAUAGUAGUCCUUUCGAAUCAUCCUACCCAAAUUGGUGACCGCCGACGUGAUACUUGUGCCGUGCGGUAGUGAUUGCAGUGCGCCUAGACAAUAGUCGAGUGACAAAGUAAAAUGAAUACCGAACAAAACCGUGAUAGUGCCGCGAUGCCGGAGGUCUAUCGCGAAAGUAUACCUGUACCAACGUUCUGGCCGGAGCAACCAGCGCUCUGGUUCCUCCAGAUCGAGGCAAUAUUCGCGCUAAACGGCAUCACAGCAGAUGCCACCAAAUUCUACUACGUGGUAUCGCAGCUCGAUACAAAAUAUGUAGCAGAAGUGGAGGAUAUCUUCGCAGCGUCCCCGGAAACCGAGAAGUACGAGACGCUCAAACGGGAGCUGAUUCUACGGUUGUCUGCCUCGAAAAGCAAGAUCUUGCAACUUCUGGAGCAGGAGGAAAUCGGCGUCCGCACACCGUCCCAGCUCUUGCGGCGUAUGCAGUUCCUGGCGGGGAAAAUAGUGUCGGACAGUUCCCUGAGGACACUGUGGGCCAGCAGGCUGCCAGCGAUGACGAAAAACAUCGUCAAUGCGCUGGCUUACUUACCGCUCGGCAAGGUGGCAGAGAUAGCGGACCAGCUCCAGGAAGAAGCAGCCAAAAAUCAGGUGGCCAGUGUUUCGACGGCGCGGAAGGAUCCGAUUGAAAGGUUGCUCGACAGAAUGGAGCAAUUGGAGAUGCGGAUAGCUGAACUGUGCCGAUCGCGUUCGCCGAAAAGAUCGUACCAGCCCAAUUACCGUGGUCGCUCCAAAUCAAAAGAUCGGCGUCGGAGCGCGUCGCCCAGGAAAAAGGAACACUGCUGGUACCACCAGACAUUCGGGAAGAGAUCAACGAGAUGCAGGCCGCCGUGCACGUACGGUGCGGGAAACGCGGCACACUGAAUGCGGCGAUCAAUUCCAUAUUAGAGCGGACAGGUAACGAGAAGUAUCUGAUAGAUACA